CUGCUUGUCAAUGGCAUGGAGGCUUGUGCUGGUUGGCCGGCACUCAGAGCCCAGGCGUCUGAUUGGACCGCGGCUGUGGUGGACGGGGCCAGUGUGGAUGACAUGGGAGAUGGGUGUCUGCCAGGCAAAAACAGCCUGACACUGAUUGUAAAGGGUGGAGAGAGAGCGAUAGAAGGAGAGGAGGGGAGAGAAGACAGGCGUGUGGAUUUCAUGAUGCAAGGCAUUCGACCACCCAUCCUCAAUGGCCCAAUGCACCCUCGUCCUCUGGUGGCGCUGCUGGAUGGACGGGACUGUACAGUGGAGAUGCCCAUCCUGAAGGACGUGGCCACUGUGGCUUUCUGCGAUGCCCAGUCCACCCAGGAGAUCCAUGAGAAGGUCUUAAAUGAGGCUGUUGCUGCUCUGCUCUACCACACCAUUACACUGUCACGAGAUGACCUGGACAAAUUCAAAGGCCUCAGGGUCAUUGUGAGGAUCGGUAGUGGGUUCGACAACGUUGAUAUUAAAGCAGCAGCAGAGCUUGGUAUUGCAGUGUGUAAUGUGCCAGCUGCAUCUGUGGAGGAGACGGCAGACACUGCCAUGUGUCUAAUUCUGAAUCUGUACCGCCGCGUCACUUGGAUGCAUCAGGCACUGCGUGAAGGCACCCGAGCCUCCAGCGUGGAGCAGAUCCGGGAAGUAGCCGGAGGCGCAGCACGUAUUCGAGGAGAAACGCUGGGCAUCAUUGGGCUGGGACGUGUGGGGCAGGCAGUGGCUCUAAGGGCGAAAGCCUUUGGAUUUGGAGUGAUUUUCUACGACCCGUACCUGCCUGAUGGAGUGGAGCGAUCACUAGGGCUCCAGCGCAUGGCGACACUACAGGACCUGCUUAUGCACUCGGACUGUGUCUCGCUACACUGCAGCCUAAAUGAACACAACCACCACCUCAUCAAUGACUUCACCAUCAAACAGAUGCGUCAAGGCGCCUUCCUUGUGAACACUGCGCGUGGUGGUCUUGUGGAUGAGAAAGCUCUGGCUCAGGCUCUGAAAGAGGGCAGAAUACGAGGAGCAGCACUGGACGUCCACGAGACAGAGCCCUUCAGUUUCUCUCAGGGCCCACUGAAGGAUGCCCCUAAUCUUAUCUGUACCCCACACACAUCCUGGUACAGUGAACAGGCCUCCAUUGAGGCCCGAGAGGAGGCAGCGCGGGAGGUGCGCAGAGCCAUCACAGGUCGUAUCCCAGACAGUCUGAAGAACUGUGUGAAUAAGGAGUAUUUGAUGGCAGCCUCUCAGUGGCCGUCUAUGGAGGCCACCACUGUGCACUCUGAACUCAAUGGAGCUGCAGCCUAUAGGUUUCCUGCAGGGCUGAUUGGCGUAGCAGCGGGUGGGCUGCCCGGAGCCGGGGCAGGAGUGGAGGGCAUUGUGGCUGGAUCUCUACCACUGGCCCACGCCAUCGCCCCGGUCUCGCACCCACCUCAUACCCCUUCCCCCGGGCAACCCUCCAAGGCUGAGGCAGACAGAGACAUCCCUUCCGACCAAUAGCAUCCCAGCACAUUCCAUCUUCGCCCUGAUCGGUGCCCUUUCAGUGGGACUUACACCCCUGCUUUUGAUGUGACCUUGGGUCACCCCAGUCCAACAGAACACGUGUACAACCCAGGAGUGAAACCCUCUACCCCAAACAUACCCUCAUUUCCACUCGCUGUAUUCUCUGUUGUUCACUUUGGCAGAAAGCAAUAACUUCUCUCAAGGAUUCAAUAAUUGGGUUGAUACACACUAUUUCUAAGCUUCGAAAUCCCAGUUCCUUUGCUUUGUAUCUACUCUGGACUAGUAGGAGUUUGUUUUCCGAGUAGUUUCUUACAUUUCUGUUCUAUUCUUAUCUGUUUUAACAGCGUGGAAAUAAACGCAUGGACCUUGUUUUCUUUCCUUCAUCCCCUGCCCAUCCUCCACUUAGCAUACAUUUGUAAACCUUCUUAACUCGUCCCAUCUCAGCAAACGUUUGAUGGUCAAAACAGAGUAACAGCUGGCUCACACCGUUAAAUUCAACAGCCAUCAGUGUUUGUUUCCCAGCUGGUGUUCAAUAACGGAGAUCAAGGCUAAUGGUGAUGGCCUGUGGCUGAGAGUAACUCGGCCCACGGGAAGAGCUCAGAUGUUUUGCGUUCCUCUCACUCUCUCUUCAUGUGGAAGGCAUCUUUUAGAAAUGCCCAUCCUUUUGUCUCUUCGCAGAAAACAAGAGAUUGAGCUUCACCUCCAGAGCUGUUGGGGAUUUCAUCGUGUGCUCCACUUUAGGGUUUACAGCGUCUGCAUAACCGUGUCAUUGAAAUCCCAUUGUCCCUCUUUGUGAACAGCUUGAUAACGCUGGGAGUCAACUUCAUACAGUUUCAAAUAAAGCCAUAUUCGUUUGACAAAGUGUAUAGCAUAAGAUAUAUCUGCGAGAUUUGAGACACCUUUAAACUCCCUACAAACGAAACAAAACAGGAGAUGGUCUUAUUACAACAUUGACCUCCGCUUGACUCGUACUGAGAUCCACCAUAGCUAAGCUGAAAAUAUUGGCACCUUUUUUUUAUUUUUUAUUCUUAGCCAUUUGAAGAAUAUUUGCCUUGUUUUCCAUAUCUUCUCUUUGUCCUGGAUUAUAUCUUGCUGUACUUCCUCCUUGUGCCUCCUUUUUCCGAUUAGGCCUUCUCUUUGUGACGUAGCGAGGCAUGUCCACCCUUCAUAUCUCCGCUCGUGUCUUCAGCUCUCAUGAAAUCACUGUGUAGCCCAUCCGCCCGGCCCUUCCUACUUCCAACAAGGCACUUAAACUCUUAACACGAUUUCUUAAACUCACAAACACAUUUUCGUACAAACCUGAUAUAUACCUUUUCAUCCACCUUCUCUGGGAGGUUUAUGGAGGUUGUAGUACUGUUGAUGACCAGCAGGUGGCGAUGACUUGCUUUCCCCCCCUCAGGUUCACAGAUAAUUCAUCCUCGCUCAGCUGAUGCUUGCACAGUAAAAGUUUAGCAGACCUGUCGUGGGCCCUUCCAUCCAUCGCUCAUUGUCUGUCUCACACUUCCAGAAAACUCAGGAUGGGCCACACCGAAUUAAAAGCUGCUCAUACUUAGAGCUUGACAUUUGCAUGGGCAUCGAUAAUAUCAGCCCUCUCCACGUAUACACCAUUUAGAGCACAGAAGAUAAGGUGGAAAGAAUGUAAAAGCUAGGUCAUUGAAACGCUGGUUGCUUUCCAAAGAAGGUAGGAGAGUGUCUCGAUUAGCGUUCUGUCUGAAGAGAAAGGCCUUUCUAGUACCUCAGUAACAGAUAUUGAAUGUAAGCUCAAAUCUUUCUCGCUUUGUACAGCUUCUUUUUUUGUUGUUUUUAGCUCAUGAGAGGGUGUGUAUGAGUCUGCAUGUUUGCGAAAGUGUGUGACUGCUUAUCCAGAACAUCAGUUUUUCAUUCACAGAUGUUAAAAUAAAGCUUUGUUUCUUUUUCUCCAUGCAUAGGAUGUCUAUAUUGGUUCGUUAGAUGUAGUUUGAAUCUCAGGCUUUAGCUCUAGAUAGUUCUCGAUCUGUGAUUUUUGUAUUUUUCUGUAUAAAGGAGCACAGUUUCAUGUCUCGGACAAGAUGUAUGCUAAUAAAUGAAACAAAAGGGGGUCUGAAGCUGUUUGUAAAUGAGUGUGAAUGGGGAUUCAUUGCUGUGUACGAACGGCCCGUUCUAGAUAGUUGUCGUAUAUGUUCCCAUAAGGUCAUCGCCCUCAAUCGUUAGUUCUGAUGGAUUAAUGCAUGUUUUCAGGCCCCGCCCCCCUCGCUUUUUCCAUCGGCCACACUUUGACGUCGAGUUUUGAGUGACGUGCAGCUUUUCCUUGACUGCAGUGAUGCCCUUUAUUCGUAACACUUUAUAGCUGCUCUGUAAAAAGGUCCCUGUACUACAGCAUUUUUGAAUUUCUUCUAGCAUUAUCGUGGUGUUUCUUUGCCGUCAUCAAGCUUUGAUAUGAGAAGUGCACUAUGUGUUACAACCAAGAAAUGAGACCCUUUUUGAUCUAGUUUGUGUCAUUCAGUGUUCGACAUGUUGUAUUGAAACAUUUCAAGAUGAGUCUCAUUCCAUUUUUCACCCUCGGCGUCCCGUGGUCUCCUCGCUGCCUUAAUGUCGUAGGCUUGGUGAUUCUCGUUCUUUCCCCCGGCAAACACGCAUGUAAGAGAGAGGAAGCUGUUUUCUUUAGCCGUAUGUUGCUCUGAUGCUUAUUUCCGCAGAACACACAUGGCUUUCACUUUGAGGUGUGAAAUGCUCGGGCACUAUGAAAGACCCUUUCAGAAGCUGCCCAUGUGGUAGUCCAUGAAGGGAAGCUGAAGAGGACAGAUAUGGACUGAUAUGGAGCAGUCAGUUUCUCUCUCAGGGUUCAGAUACACAACAUAUCCUUCAGCCGCCAGCUACACACUUUUCCUCCAUCCGAAAGAAAAUCACGGUGUAGAUCUCCAGAGCUCUCUUACACAGUUCAUCUUUUAACAGUGAGUGUCUUUCUCUGUGAUGCUUUCCUUACUAUCUCUCUCUCUCUCUCUAUCUCUCUCUCUCUCUUCUGCUCCUUUUUUUUGCGUAUUUGUCGCACUGACACCUAACAACACAAGAAUGAAUGUUUUAAUAGAACUGCGUGUAACGUUGAAGUUGGGAAAUGUAUUUUUACAACAUGUGAACUUUUUAUUCCUUUCUCUUACCUUUUUGUUGUGAAUUGAUUUCCCCCCCUCCAUCACCAGACUGCAAAAAAAAAAGUUUUAAAAAAUGACAAAAAAAAUCCUGUAACUAGGCUCUUAAGCUUUACUUUUGUUUUUGUUUACUUUUUUAUUAGAAAACAAUCAUGUUUGUGAUGGUAACCUCUGAUGGUAAAUUCCACAAGGUAUUUUAAUAAAAUCCUAAAGAUUAAA